AUGUCUCACUCCCCUUUCCCCAACCGUAUCGAACCCUCCACAAAAGAAGUAGUCAUCCUCUUCAACAGUACCUACAUCGCCCGCUCCAAUUCCCCCCUGCUGGUCUGGGAAGUACCCAAUAAACCCCCGCUGUACUACGUCCCCGAGAGCUCUCUGCUCAAGCAGACGGGGAUAGUAGAGAUCAAACCUCUGACGCUCAAUGGUUUUACGGAUGAUGGAGAUACUACCCUUUCUAAGGGCGAAGGUGAGAGAGGGGGGAAGGAGGGGAAGGAGGGAAAGAGGAGGUGGGAGGCGUACGAGUUGGUUGUUGCUGGGAAGAAGACAUAUUUCACGGUCUUUAGGGUAAGGAGGGAGCAGGGGGGAGGGGGAGGGGGAGGGGGAGGGGAGGAGGGGUUUUUGAGGUUUGAGUUUGGUGAGAUGGACGCAUGGUUCGAAAACGGCUCCCUUGUACGCCUUCCACCAAAGAACCCUUCUCGCCGCAUUGAUACCGCCUUCAUCUCUGCCAACAUCAUUAUCACGAUUGGUGGAACGCUCGUAGCUGCGGCAGACAAUGCCGUGGUGCUAUACGAGUCCGGAUUGCCUCCACGAUACUAUCUGCCAGCAACCAGCGUGACGGACUGGGCUUUGUUGAAACAAAGCGGGAAAGUGACUGCGUGUCCAUACAAAGGUGAAGCAAGGUAUUUCUCGGUCGAUAUUGACGGCCAGAGCUGGGAAGAUGUUGUAUGGUACUAUCUCUACCCUAUUGCGGAAAGCGGACCUAUCGUAGGAAGACUGGCUUUUGUGACUGGGAGAGCUGGCGUAAGCGUCACUAUCAAUGGUGACGAACUUGACGUAUAA